UAUCCAAUUUUUAUUCUCUUCCCUAACCUUUGGAUAAGUACAAAACGCAGCAAGGAAGAAGAGGGUAAAGUAGGAAACUAUCAUGUGACGUCCCUAAACGUGAUUUCAGCCAACGCAAAAGCUACAAGGAGCAGCUUCAACUGGAAUCGAUUUUAAACGGAAGAAUCACGUUUUUAACUAACUGCCAAACAUCUUACAAUAUUGGAAAAUCACGUUUAAAAGGGAUGGACGCGCGUUAAUGGGUUCUCAACGCAGAACCAAACAGAGACUUAGUUGAAAGAGGUUCUUCUUCUUCUUCCUUGUAAAAAACAUCAAUUGAAUUGAAGGGACAAAACAUCAGGUACUCAGUGUUUUCGGAACCAAGCAUCAUCUUCGAGGGAAGGGUAAGUGAAAAAAAACUCUGAACUAAAUAGCUGACAAGUUGCAAGGGUGCAGUGAUUGAUAGAAAGAAUGAGGAUCGUUGGACUGACUGGUGGAAUAGCAAGUGGCAAGAGCACCGUUUCCAAUUUAUUCAAGUCUCAUGACAUCCCCGUUGUUGAUGCUGAUGUAGUUGCUCGCGAGGCGUUGAAGAAAGGGAGUGGUGGAUGGAAAAAAGUCGUUGCUGCGUUUGGGGAGGAAAUUCUACUUGAAAAUAGUGAAGUUAAUAGAACUAGACUGGGUCAAAUUGUUUUUGCUGAUCCCGAUAAGCGUCAAUUUCUCAAUCGAUUGUUAGCACCUUAUAUAUCUUCCGGGAUCUUUUGGGAAGUUGUGAAGUUGUGGUCGAAAGGUUACAAGGUCAUUGUUCUCGAUGUCCCUUUGUUAUUUGAGGCCAAGAUAGACAAGUUCACGAAGCCCAUUAUUGUUGUGUGGGUUGAUCCUGAAACACAGAUUCAAAGACUCUUGACAAGAGACAAGUCCAGUGAGGAGGAUGGUCGUAACAGGGUUAAUGCUCAGAUGCCGCUGGAUGCUAAAAAGAGUAAAGCUGAUAUAGUAAUUGACAACACCGGUUCACUAGACGACUUGAAUGAACAAUUUCAAAAGGUUUUGGUUCGUGUGACUGGACCCUUGGCAUGGUAUGAGUUUUGGCGUUCUAGGCAGGGAGUCUCGAUCAUUCUUGCUUCACUUACCUCAGGUGUUGUUCUAUGUAUGAGGGCAUUUAACAACAACAAUUCAUAGCCACUUGCCAAUAAUGUGUUUUGUGUAGUGUUUUACUGUAACCUUUUUUUUUUUUAUCACAAGUUUUACUGUAUGUUAAGUCCCCAACAAAUAGAUACCACAACUCAAGUUUCAAGAUGAUAUUUGAAUUUUCAUUACUGUUUGGCUACUCCAAAAGACAAGAUAUGGAAUAUUGAUAAUGGUAAUCACAGUUCAUUUGUCCAAAAA